CGCCUUUCUGCGCCUGCGUGAGCACCUGCCAUGGCCGCUGCGUGACGUGCGCGCUGUGUUUCUCAGCUGUUGCUGGAGUGUUCCUGCGGGAGGCUCCGCCCAGCAUCGCCGAUAGCUUCCGGUCACCGUAGCAAUGGAUCCCGGCGGGCAGGACAUCAACCUUAACUCUCCCAACAAAGGUUUGAUGACCGAUACCAUGACCGAUGUCCCAGUGGGCCCAGCAGGAGUGCGAGCGCCAGCUGAUGCUGCAGGAGCUGGGCUGCCAGAGUCUCUGACAGAGGCUGAAGCAGAGGAACUGCGUAAUGAGUUAGCCAAGGUGGAGGAGGAGGUUCAUACCCUGCGCCAAGUUCUUGCUGCCAAGGAACGUCAUGCUGCAGAACUUAAGAGAAAGCUUGGCCAGACACCUCUCAAUCAACUGAAGAUCAACCUUUCCAAGGGUUUGCAGGAGGUUCAAAUGUCCACUGCUUACGUAAAAACCACAGAGAAACUUGGAGAGUGGAACGAGAAAGUGACGCAGUCUGAUGUCUACAAGAAGACUCAAGAGACGCUCUCAAGUGCUGGUCAGAAAACCUCAGCAGCUCUGUCUAAUGUGGGCACUGCUAUUUCUCGUAGACUGGGGGACAUGAGGGCCCUUCCUUUCUCUCAGUCUUUUAGUAGCAGUUAUUCAAUCCGCCACUCCAUAAGCAUGCCUGCUAUGAGGAACUCUACCACCUUCAAAUCCUUUGAAGAACGUGUGGUGAAUCUGAAGGUUAUCGACUGAUGGAGGAGAAAACAACAGCCAGAGUUUACACUCCCCAGACAAUAAAUCACAAGAUUCUGCCCCAUUUUAGGUCUUCCUUGUCCCAUCCCCCUUAACUUUGUUUACCCGUCCUGUAGCAACCACAUCAUCUCACAAUCCAGUGGUCUGCUAGAUAACAAAAUGACACUAACCUUUGCCCGUGAAAUUAUUUAAUGUUUUGGCAAAUUUAAACAUUCCUGUGACCCCUUUCCUAUACAAACUGGAUGCCACAGACUGCAUCACACCUACAGUCUUCUAGGUGAAGGGAGGGUACUUGCUGUGGAUAAUGGUGAUAAAAAUCUGAUUUUACUUGAAUGCAUCACUGUCGGUUGUCAAGGAGAUUAGUCUGGUCUCUUCAGGUUAAUCCUAUUAGUAGCACAGUUGUAAAGAGGAAUAGGCCCCUGCCCCAGGCAUAGCUGUAUGCAUCAGCCAAGUGCAAAUAGGAUGCUUUUGUAUAGUAUAAUAUUGGGCACAGCUAGACGAUACUAGGUCUAAUCCAAUACUGCUCUAAAUUCUGCCCCAUUAACAGUGCUUAAUUCUUAAACACAUUAACCCACAGUCCAAUUUCUCAAAGGGUGUGACAGAAAAAAUGCAAAAUGCCCACCAACAUGUUUUAUCUGGCAUUCUCCUGUUUGACUUUGUAGGGUCAAAAAUGAUUGUGCUCUUGCAGUUUCCAAAUAUGAGGUUUGUCCACUGAGGAGUCAGUUUGUGAAUUCUCCACAUUUAUUAAACUAUGCUUAUGCAGGCUGUUUGAAAUCUUCCAUCUUUACUAGUCCACCACCUCUGAUUGAUGGUUGUUCUGUGGCUCACAUUUUGCACCUUCUACCUGUAAAAAGGUUUAUUGCAGGGGUAUUCAACAUGCGACCCUCCAUCUGCUGUGGAAGUAAAGAUCCCAGCUUACCCUGCCACUUUGUUUCUAUUAGGGCAUGCUAAAACUGUGGCAGGGCAUGCUGUGCUAUGUAGUACUUAGCAGCUGGAGGUCUGCAGGUGUAUUGUUUGAUACCUCACCCUAACUACUAAUACCGAGCUGCAUCUUUAUAUAAUUAUGAAGUAGUUUUGAGGAUUUAUUUUUGUGGAUUUAAAUAGAACAAAAUGCUAAAAGUAUAAGUUAGAGUUGAAGCUCCUGCUGUUCUACAGCUGCAGCACAGAUAGCUUAACCCUGGUCUAAAUGCUGCAAUUAUUGUGCAGACUCUGCAAAGCUUCUAAUUCCUACAUCUCUGUGCUAGUUAUGGUGUGUGUAAUAUUCUACUGUGUCUUUGGGCUCCAAGUUGAUACUGUUUUCUGCACCUAGUUCCCAUGCUCUUCGAGAAUGUUUUGUGUCCUUGCAGGAAACUAAGAGAAUGCAGAGUACACUUUCCAAAAAGUCUUGUCACCUGUCUGAUACUUGAACUGUUCUUCUGCAAAUGGCCUUGGCAGCUUCAGCGGAACAAUGCAUAGAAAAUCGAAUACUACCAUACAGGCAUUGUCUGUCGGUCAUGUUAAAUAUAACUUUGCUUGUGAGCUGUACAUGCCAUUCUUAUCACUUCAUUGUUUGCUUAUUUUUACUAAGGAAAUAAUAAAAUUGUACGCACCGACUAUGCACAGCGGAGGAUAACUAUUUUGAGGGUGGAGCCAAUAUUCCCGACAAAUUAAGUCUGGAACUGAAGUAUGAGGUACUUUGUACCACAUGCUCACAUGUCACUGGUCUCUAGUGAAUAGGUAGCCUAGGUAUUGGCUCAGCCCAUAAAUGGCUUGGUUUUGUGUAGGCUUAUGGGGCAGGCCAGAAUUGGUUGGUUGUAUUAAUAACUUAGGUUGUUGCGUAUCUUGGCAGGCUGACACUGAGGAAAUAAAUUACAGGGUAACUAUGACGUAACAUUUGUUGCAUAUAAAGUAUUUAUCACUACACUGAGGCUUCACUGAUACUGUAGCUGAUGGUUGCAUCUUUACCAAUGUAAAGCUGUCUGCUUGAUAAAUUACAUUUAAAUGCACACCAGCUAUUUACACACAGAAAAGGCUGUUUAUGAGCCAAACCAAUAUUCUUUAAACUGCUGCCUGUUCAUUAACUAGCAACCACUAACAGUCCGCAGUUUUCUGUUUAAUUCCUGUCUCCUGGGCAUUGGUUCAUCACCUAAAAAUGGCUGCUGACGACGUGUGUAUGCAAUAGUUACACUUACAAAUUUCUAUAUAAACAGAAAGCACUAGCUCCUGGCCUUGGAGAGGUAUUGUAGAUAAUUAGUAGAGUCUCUGAAUAUUGCAAAUAGAAGAAUGAAUGACUGGUAGAAAGCAGCAGAGAACUGUAAUUGUAUCUGACCUAAUGCCUGCCUACAUCUCAUUUAUUUGUUUGCGUUAAUUGUUGUAGCCAUGCGUUGUUUCCAAUUUAUCACUGUGAGACAUAUAACCAAAGCCUUCAAAUUGUGCUGACAUCUGCAAGUUCCUGAUGUGUCCACUAGUGGGCCACCUCCACUCCACCGUAGCACAGAGAAACAGUUGAUGUAAUGUCUUAACUGAGACAGUAUCCAAAAGCCAGUUGUGCCUCUAGGAUUGAAGGUUACGGUGUUUGAGCUCUUUAAACUGAUCCCAUUGGAAGAGGGAGGACCCAGGGCUUUCUGUCACUCUCACCCUGUGUACCUGAUGGAUGCAGAGCUGUCAAUAAAGCAUUUAACUAGUA